GCUUUGCUGGCCAAACACACGCCAUCUGAGGCUCUCUCUGUGCUGGAUCUGUGUUUCCACCACCCGCUGCCCAGCGCACAGUGGAACAAGAUAUCAUGGCACUCCCACCAGCCACAGUGGCAAAUUUCAGCAAGACCACAGAGAUCUUGAAGACCCCUCACCUGGCCUCUGCUCUGUUGCUCUUCAUCACCUUCCUGGUGGGUGUGGCAGGGAAUGGGCUGUACGUGUGGGUGCUGGGGAUGAAGAUGAGGAGGACGGUGACCACGCUCUGGUUCCUUCACCUGGUGUCCUGUUACCUGCUCUUCACCCUGCUGAUCCCCUUCUUCGCCAUCUAUGUCCUCCUGGAUUUCCACUGGGUCUUUGGCAUGGCCACGUGCAAGCUUCUCAAUACCUUCAUUUCUAUGGGCAUGUUCUCCUCUGUUUUCCUUCUCACACUCAUCAGUCUGGACCGCUACACCCUCACUCACCAUCCUAUUUGGUCCCGGAAUCAUCGCACCGUGCCCCAGGCUUGGAAGCUGAUUGUGGGUGUGUGGCUGGUCUCCUUUGGUCUCAGCGCUCCCUACCUGGCUUUCCGGGAGACCCAUGUGGUUGACGGGGGCAGAAUCAUCUGCAUCAACAAUUACACCCUCUCCAGAGACUGGAAUGGAGCCGAGCUGCAAGACCUGGGCAGACAGGUCCACCUGGCUGUCUUCAUGGCCCGGUUCCUGCUGGGCUUCCUGCUGCCUUUCUGCACCAUCAUGGGAUGCUAUAUCCGCGUGGGCCUGAAGAUGAAGGAUAAGAAGCUGGCGUGGGCUGGGAAGCCCUUCAAGGUCAUGGUAGCCACAGUGGUUUCCUUCUUCCUCGGCUGGCUCCCCUACCACCUCUACCAUGGCUUGAAGCUCUACAAGAAGGAGGUGCCAGAGUCGGUGACAGGUGUCCUCUUGGUCAUUCACACCUUAACAUCCUGCUUCAAUGCCUCCUUCUCCCCCAUCCUCUACCUCUUCAUAGGGGAGAAGUUCUGGCAGGUCUUCAGGACGUCUCUCCUUACUCUGGUCAAAGCAGCUUUUGUUGAAGAACUCGGCAGCAGUGGCUCCGAGUCUGGUGGAAGACACGGGUCAGACGUUUAGAACACAAGGAAAGAGAUGGUCUGAAGGUGCCCAGACUUAGGGAGAGUUGAAAACUUCACAUCCCCAUUAUUCCUAAAUUUCUGCUGUUUCUUAAACCUGAUGGGUUCCAGGUGUCUCAAUGUUUAUAAACCCCUCAGUGUCCCUGGAUUCUAUAUUCCCCGUUGUCUCUCUCCCAAUUUUUUCAAACUCAGUCGGUCAUCAAUGGCACCAGAUUGCUAGCCAGCUCCAGAAUCCUGUUUGUUUUAGGUCUCUCAAUGCGUUUUAACCUAACUGACUCUUGGAUUGUGCAUCUCUAGCUGGCUCCAGAAUUUCUUUCAUUGUCAGCCGUUCAAUAGGUUCAAACUCAAAGUCUGUUGAGUUUAGGUCCCUGACUGGAUCUAGGACAUCACUGGAUUCUAGAGUGUUUUCAGACCACAUAGAAUCCAGCAGGUUCCAGAUUGUCUGCUAAAACAUUCAUGUUGGUUCUAGAUUUCCAAAUGAUUUUUAAUCCAUUAGGUGUGAUAUAUUAUAGAAGAGUCUGUGUAUUACUAUAGCACUAUCUAGCUCUUCCCCAGUGCUUGUCAUCAGUAGAUCUCAAAGAACUUUACCAAGGAGGACAGUAGCAGUCUUCCAGUUUUUACAAAUGGGGAAACUGAGGCACAGAGUGGGGAAGUGACUUGGCCAGGGUCACCCAGCAGGCCAGUCGCAGAACUAGAACAAACGCAGGUCUCCUACAUCCCAGUUGAGGUUUUUUUCCAUUUCAUAUCUUCACACACAUAGCUCUCUGGGGCUCGACCUGUUUUUUUCGCUAUGUGUUUGUAUAGUGCCUAGCACAGCGGGGUCCUGGGCCAGGACUGGGGCUCCCAGCACUAACGAAACAAAAAUUAAGAAUAAUGAUUCCCAGGUUUUCCUUGAACUGCAUAGUUUCUGUAAAGAUAAUGUGGCAGCUUUGACAUAAUUUACAAACACAGUGUGACCCAAUCACUGGGAUAUUUAGUGUGGGGAGGCUCUGGCUUAAUUUCAGAGUGGCUGAUAAGGAAAACAAGCCAGCAGAAUAAAGAGCUGCUCCAGAGAAACCACCUGCCCAUGAACACUUCAGGGCGGUGAAGAGGUAACGUCCAAGCUAAUAAUAAUGACAUAUGGAAUAUGGGUGAUCACUCAUAAUAUUAUGGAAACGAAAUUGCAAUGAAACAUACCAGAUAUGCCAUGUAAGGUAUCAGUGGAAAAGUUAUCAUCUGAUAAAUAUGAUAAUCUUGUUUAUGUGUAUGCAUCCUCUUUGUAUCAUGAGUUGUAAAUAUAUGUGUUAUAUUGAUAUCUCAGACUUGUGCUGUGACACCCCCAGACAGAUUACAUCAGCACUAUCCAGCCCGUUGGAUGGCCCAUCAAGAACUGGCUGGCAGCGCUGUAUUUUGGGUAAGAUUUGAACCCCCUUUAGGGAUCCGAAGAACAUUUUGUACAGUGAAUGGAAUUUUAAGUAACUUCUCACUGUACUGGACCUAUUUGCUGAUUGGGAGCCUAGGAUUGGAAUGCAAUAAAGAGGGCUGUGGGAUUUCUUUCUUUCUUUUUGGCUUCUUGAUUACCAGUGUGGGAGAUCUGGAGCACAGCUUGUUACUGGUGGGUGAAUCUAGCUACAAUGUUAAUCUCCAGCUUUGGGACAAACUGCUCUCCUUUUUGCAGCCCACCCUGAUCUAGGCUUUUUCAAUGUGGGCUGCCUGUGCACCUCUGGUCACAGGUCACAGUAACUGUAAAGAUCUCAUUUGCCAGCUCGAGCUAAGUUACAAAACCUUGGCCAAGGCUGGGGUCCAACACAUCCAAAAGAUGAUAAAGAGUUAAAAAGAUCCUCCCUGGUCGAUUCUCCAUCACUGCAAUUUUUAAAGCAGGACUGGAUGGUAUUUCUACCUGGUUUGGUCUAGUUCAACUAGGGAUUAAUUCAGAGAUGUUCUGCAGCAGGUCAGACUAGGGUACCACCAUGCUGCUUCUGGCCUUGGAAUCUCUGAUUCCAUCCAGAGGUUAGGCAGAUGUUGUUGGGGGUGCUGUACCAGUUGUCACCUGGACCCACUGGGGUAUCUGAGGAAGCCAGGCCUGAGUGGGCCACCAUCCAUGGGUGGAGGGCUGUAGGUAAGUUAGACAUGCACGUAGCCCGUCUGUUUUAAAAAUCUUUUUCCAUUGCUACUGUUCAGAAGAAACAAGGCUGCCAAACAUGACAGAUACUACCUCUCACUUAUUUAGAAUUGAAUAGGAUCUCAUGGAUUCCAGGAACCCUGGCCCAUUCUUAACCUCUUGGGUCCGAGGUCUGUGAGUGUUGUGAAUGUGCUCUGACCUGAUGUGGGCUAGAUUUAGACAUCAUGUUUUCCAAGCCACUUUAAGUUUCAAAAGCCAAUAGGAUCCUAUGCAUUCUAGAUAUUUGGCUGGUUUUUGAACCUCUUGAGUUCUGGGUCUGCCAAGAUUUUGAAACACAAAGAGAUCCUAUGUGGUCUUGAGUGUCCUAGUGUCCAAUCUCAUAUAUGACAUCCUAGAACACAUAGGACCAGUUUGGGUUUUAAUUUUUUUUGUCAGAGCAAGAACCCAAGUGUUGCAAGAAUCACUCAGUAGUACCACAUUAAUUCUAGAUAUUAGUCUAGUUCUUAAACCUCUUGUGUUCUAGGUAUGACAAUGUCUUGAAACCCAAUGAGAUCUGACAUGGUCUAGUACCUGAAAGGUUCCAAGCACAUGGAAUCACGUACUGACUUGAGACACUUUUCAGCAGGCCUGAUGUUCACAAAGGGUUUAGCUCCUUCUUCUGGAAAAUUGGGCCUCUUUAAUGGUGUUCAUCUGGGAAACCCCCCAAAAUAGAAGCAUAACAAAUAAUAACCUAUUAUUUUGGAAUAUUAAGUCUGUAAGGCAGUAGGGCAUGGAGCGAACAGGCCAGAUCCUCAGCCAGUGUAAAUCAUUGUAGCUCUGUUGACUUCACUUCAGAGUUCCUGGUCUCUUCUCCUGCCACUGGGAGAUGAGUGGGGUCUAGCAGG